AUGCAGCCUUCGACUAGUGCAGUUCAAAAUCUAGCCUCAAACAUUUUGGACGAAAAGGAUUUGGAGGAGGAAGAUGCCAAAUUUCUUCUAAAAGCUUUGGGUUGGUUAUUUUAUAAUGCAAACAAAAAAAGAAGCUACCGUCUAAUUCCAUCAGACCUUCAGAAUUGGGAGAAUCUUGAGAACCUAACAUCACUAUUCUUUAAAAUUAUUAAUAAAUUUAAUUUAGAAAAACAAGCUUUUGAACAUGUCCUCUAUGCUUUUCGGGCGCAAGGGCCGCUUACAAAAUACAAGGAACUUAUUCUUGAACACUUAAAAUCGGCAUUAUUCAUUACUGACCAAGAAUUUUCUUUGAAUCUGAGAAUUGCGGCGAAUAAUCCAUACUUAAACGAAAUUGUUCAAAAAUUAAAUCCUUCUUACGACAAUUUUUCUGAAUGGUUAGCUGCUGGUCUAGACUUAACUGGAGCUGAAUUGGCUAAUUCUAGAAGACAACAAUCAAAUAAUAAUAAUUCAACUUUGAGUGAUCAUUCAACCCAAAUCCUUCGUGAAAUUCGUCGUCACAAUCGAAAUCUUUCUCAGGAAAGUUGUGGUGCUAGUGAAGCAAUUGCUGAACUUUAUCAACUUCCAAAACGGCCUUUUAGUUUGUUUUUAAUUUAUUUUAAUUUUUUGAAAUAUAUGUGA